GCCCCAUAGCUCAGGGCAGCCUUUAACCUUUAGCCCCAGCGGGCGCCAGCCACUCAGAUCGCUUCUUGUUGGUAUGUGUAGCGGCAGUGGCCGCCGGCGGAGCAGUCUGAGCCCGACGAUGAGGCCGGGGACUGGAGCCGAGCGUGGAGGCCUCAUGGUGAGUGAAAUGGAGAACCAUCCUUCCUCGCGGGGUCCCGGGGACGGGGAACGGAGAUUGUCCGGCUCAAGCCUUUGCUCCAGUUCUUGGGUCUCUGCUGACGGCUUCCUGAGGAGACGGCCCUCGAUGGGGCACCCUGGCAUGCAUUAUGCCCCAAUGGGAAUGCACCCUAUGGGACAGAGAGCAAAUAUGCCUCCUGUACCUCAUGGAAUGAUGCCACAAAUGAUGCCCCCUAUGGGAGGGCCACCAAUGGGACAAAUGCCUGGAAUGAUGUCUUCAGUAAUGCCUGGAAUGAUGAUGUCUCAUAUGUCUCAGGCUUCCAUGCAGCCUGCCUUACCGCCAGGAGUAAACAGUAUGGAUGUAACAGCAGGUACAGCAUCUGGUGCAAAAUCAAUGUGGACUGAACAUAAAUCGCCUGAUGGAAGGACUUACUACUACAAUACUGAAACAAAACAGUCUACCUGGGAGAAACCAGAUGAUCUUAAAACACCUGCUGAGCAACUAUUAUCCAAAUGCCCCUGGAAGGAGUACAAAUCUGAUUCUGGAAAGCCUUACUAUUACAAUUCUCAAACAAAAGAAUCCCGCUGGGCCAAACCUAAAGAGCUUGAGGAUCUUGAAGGAUACCAGAAUACCAUUGUUGCUGGAAGUCUUAUUACAAAAUCAAACCUGCAUGCGAUGAUUAAAGCUGAAGAAAGCAGUAAGCAAGAAGAGUGCACCACAACAUCAGCGGCCCCAGUUCCUACAACAGAAAUUCCGACCACAAUGAGCACCAUGGCUGCUGCAGAAGCAGCAGCUGCUGUUGUUGCAGCAGCCGCCGCUGCAGCAGCAGCAGCUGCUGCAGCCAAUGCCAGUGCUUCCACUUCUUCAAAUACUGUUGGUGGAACUGUUCCAGUUGUUCCUGAGCCUGAAGUUACUUCCAUUGUUGCUACUGUUGUAGAUAAUGAAAAUACAGUAACUAUUUCAACUGAGGAACAAGCACAACUGACUAGCACCCCUGCUAUUCAGGAUCAGAGUGUUGAAGUAUCCAGUAAUACUGGAGAAGAAACGUCUAAGCAGGAAACUGUAGCUGAUUUUACUCCCAAAAAAGAAGAGGAGGAGAGCCAACCAGCAAAAAAAACAUACACGUGGAAUACAAAGGAGGAGGCAAAGCAAGCGUUUAAAGAAUUAUUGAAAGAAAAGCGGGUACCAUCCAAUGCUUCAUGGGAGCAAGCUAUGAAAAUGAUCAUUAAUGAUCCACGAUAUAGUGCUUUAGCAAAGUUGAGUGAAAAAAAGCAGGCCUUUAAUGCCUAUAAAGUUCAGACAGAGAAAGAAGAAAAAGAAGAAGCAAGAUCGAAAUACAAAGAGGCUAAGGAAUCUUUUCAGCGUUUUCUUGAAAAUCAUGAGAAAAUGACUUCCACAACCAGAUACAAAAAAGCAGAGCAAAUGUUUGGAGAAAUGGAAGUCUGGAAUGCAAUAUCAGAGCGUGAUCGUCUUGAAAUCUAUGAAGAUGUUUUGUUCUUUCUUUCAAAAAAAGAAAAGGAACAAGCAAAGCAGUUGCGAAAGAGAAAUUGGGAAGCCUUAAAAAACAUACUUGACAAUAUGGCUAAUGUUACAUACUCUACCACGUGGUCUGAAGCCCAGCAGUAUUUGAUGGAUAAUCCAACUUUUGCAGAAGAUGAAGAGUUACAGAACAUGGACAAAGAAGAUGCAUUAAUUUGCUUUGAAGAGCACAUUCGGGCUUUAGAAAAGGAGGAGGAAGAAGAAAAACAGAAGAGUUUGUUGAGAGAAAGGAGACGACAGCGAAAAAAUAGGGAAUCUUUUCAGAUAUUUUUAGAUGAAUUGCAUGAACAUGGACAACUACAUUCUAUGUCAUCUUGGAUGGAAUUGUAUCCAACUAUUAGUUCUGACAUUAGGUUCACUAAUAUGCUUGGUCAGCCUGUUUUUUCAUUAGGAUCAACUGCCCUUGAUCUUUUCAAGUUUUAUGUUGAGGAUCUUAAAGCACGUUAUCAUGAUGAGAAGAAGAUAAUAAAAGACAUUCUAAAGGAUAAAGGCUUUGUAGUUGAAGUAAAUACUACUUUUGAAGAUUUUGUGGCAAUAAUCAGUUCAACGAAAAGAUCAACUACAUUAGAUGCCGGAAAUAUCAAGUUGGCUUUCAAUAGUUUACUAGAAAAGGCAGAAGCUCGUGAACGUGAAAGAGAAAAAGAAGAGGCUCGUAAGAUGAAACGAAAAGAAUCAGCAUUUAAGAGUAUGUUGAAACAAGCUGCUCCUCCAAUAGAAUUGGAUGCUGUCUGGGAAGAUAUCCGGGAGAGAUUUGUAAAAGAGCCAGCAUUUGAGGACAUAACUCUAGAGUCUGAAAGAAAACGAAUAUUUAAAGAUUUUAUGCAUGUGCUAGAGCAUGAAUGUCAACAUCAUCAUUCAAAGAACAAGAAACAUUCUAAGAAAUCUAAAAAACAUCAUAGGAAACGUUCUCGCUCUCGAUCGGGGUCAGAUUCAGAUGAUGAUGAUAGCCAUUCAAAGAAAAAAAGACAGCGAUCAGAGUCCCGUUCUGCUUCAGAACAUUCUUCUAGUGCUGAGUCUGAGAGAAGUUAUAAGAAGUCAAAAAAGCAUAAGAAGAAAAGUAAGAAGAGGAGACAUAAAUCUGACUCUCCAGAAUCAGAUGCUGAGCGAGAGAAGGAUAAAAAAGAAAAAGACCGGGAAAGUGAAAAAGACAGAACUAGACAAAGAUCAGAAUCAAAACACAAAUCACCUAAGAAAAAGACUGGAAAGGAUUCUGGUAAUUGGGACACUUCUGGCAGCGAACUGAGUGAAGGGGAAUUGGAAAAGCGUAGAAGAACCCUUUUGGAGCAACUGGACGAUGAUCAAUAAAUUAUACCAAAUACAUGUUUACAGUAUGAUUUAAAGUCUAAUUCUGACCAGGGACUCUAUUUUAAGUUCAAUUGAAAUAACACUGGGUUUUAAUUAUAUCACAGGAAAAAAAAAAAAAAGUGCAUUUAAGUAUUGUUAUUGUGGACUUUAUAAAUGCAAAGAAAAUUGAAAAUAACUUCUGAUUCUGUAUCAAGAAUCAUAUUUUCAUACAGUCAUAACUGUCUUUCUGUGACCCUUUCAUAGGGCACUGCAGGAUGGAUUAAAGGUGGCAAUUUACUGAUAA